AUGCGCGCUACCACCUCUUCUCUUCUCUUCCUCGUCCGUCUCCUCGCCUUCGUCGACGUGCUCCUCCUUUUCUUCGCUUUGCUCCACUGUACGCGCUCGACGUCGUAUUUCUCCUCCUUGGAAACGCAAGUCGCGUUGGAGCGCAAAAAUCGAAUCAAAUGGGAAACGUAUUUAACAAAGUACCGGACGCGAGCUUCUAAACGCGUCAGUCGAGAGAUGCAGACGGUGAUGUUGGAGCGGUUUCUGGAGGAGACGGAGAAGUGUCCUCCGGAACCGAAGUGCGAGAAGUUCAAGCCGUGCCCGGGGAAGAGGAAGAGUAGUAGUAAAAUGAAUCACGAGGGCAAGAGCUUAAAGGAGAAAAAGAUAUCUUUAGUAGGAAAAGAGGAGGAUUUGGAGGAGGCGAAUGCUGUAGCAAAGGUAGAAGUAGAAACACAAACAGCAGAGGCAGUAGAAGAGGAGGAAGGAAAAGAAGGGGUCGAAAAUGGGAGCGAUGAUGAGAGCAUCAUCGGGAACACCGUCAACGGGGACAUUGAAAACAAGCACUACUUCGACGCGAUACCGAGGUACCAACCGGGACCGGCUUCGCCGGCGUUUGAACCUUCGUCGAACGAUGGCGUGUCGUUUAAGAUUUUCGUGUACAACUUGCCGCCAAAGUUUCACGUGGAGAUGUUGAAAAAGAACAAAAGGUGCGUGACGGAUCAGUACGGGACGGAAAUUCGGAUUCACGCGAAUAUCAUGCAAUCGAAGAUGUAUACUUUGGAUCCGUUAGAGGCGGAGUUUUUUUACGUGCCCGUGUACGGCGAGUGUAAGUUGUUUGAGAAUAUAGCCACGUUAGGAGCGAAGAAGGGUUUGCAGGAAACGAACGCGUGGUGGUUGGAAGCGAUGAAACUGGUGACGGAUCAGUAUCCGUUUUGGAAUCGAACGCAAGGAAGAGACCACGUGUUUACGUUUGCGGGAGCGAGAGGGCCGCACAUUUUCAAAGAUUGGAAAAGGCACAUCAAGAAAUCCAUCUUUUUAACUCCCGAGGGCGACCGAUCGUUGUCUGAGCAGUUCAACACGUGGAAAGAUAUCGUCAUUCCGGGUUUAGAACCGGAAAAAGCGUUCUGGUCGGGAUCUUUGCGGAAACAAAAAGAAGUGAAACGCGCGAAAACGUUCGCCUAUUUUCGAGGCACCAUCGCCAACAAACUCGGGAAGCAAUACUCCAAAGGCAUACGGAUUAAAAUGAAAGAGGCGUUUAAGGAUAUAAAAGACGUCGUUUUCACGGAGCAACACAGCUCGUGCGAUAAAACGUGCUACCGCGAAGAAAUGCGCGCCUCUACAUUCUGUCUCUGUCCUCGAGGCUGGUCGCCGUGGACGUUGAGAGCGUACCAAGCGCUGAUGGUCGGGUGCAUCCCGGUCAUCAUCGCGGACGAAAUCGAGUUCCCGUACGAAAACUCUUUCGACUGGCGCCAAGUUUCCAUCAAAAUCCCUGAAAAGAGACACUUAGAAACCAUCGAUAUCCUCCGAUCUGUCCCGGACGACGUCGUCGAACGCAAACGCAAAGCGAUGGCCAAGUUCUGGCCGAGCGUCGCGUGGAAAAAACCAGCCGCGGAUGACGACGCGUUCCAUUUAGUCAUGAAAGAGUUGGAGAGGAAGAAAAGAGGGUUCAAAUCGAGCACGUUCACCUUUUGGAAGUAG